AUGGUGCCGCCAGUCACUGCUGAGACGGGCUCUGCUGCCGCAGGGAACGAAGAGAAGAAUGGUAAGACCCAGACAGCAGUAGAGGAGAAGGAAGUGACUGAAAAAGAAUCAUCAGCAUCUGCAGAAGAAGGCGGGAGUCCAGCUGCAGAUACACAGCAGCCUAAGGAAUCGUCUGCAGAAGAGGAGAAGACUAAGGAUCCGCCUGCAUCAGAAGACACCGCGGAAAAAACACCUGCAGAAGCAGCAGCAGCAACAACAACAGAAGCAACAAAAGCAACAGCACCAGCAGCAGAAGCAGCAGCAGCAGCAGAUUCAUCAAAGUCUGCUUCAGCUUCAUCGUCAACCGAUAAAGGGGGUGUACAGACAGCUGAAUCCGGGAAGGAGGGAAGAGGGAAAGAGCUGUUGGCUAACGGCCUCCCCAAAAUAGUUUAUGACCUCCCCACUGCUUCAUCUGGGUCCCCUACGGGGGAUUCAGCGGAGUCGUGGGGUUUUGGUGGUACAGGAAAGAAGUCAACAAAUAGACGAUAUUUAGAUUAUGGUUGUUCAUUUGGUGAGGGAGAUGUAAUAGGUGUAGCAAUAGAUUUAGAUGCAUUAACAAUAAGUUUCCAGAAAAAUACCCAAUAUUUAGGUACAGCAUUUGAAUUACCACCUACUGUUCGUGAGACUGGUCUAUUUCCUCAUAUUUAUGUUAAAAACUUUGAUUUUACCGUUAAUUUCUGUGAAUCUACUAAAUAUUUUAAUCCACCAGGACCACAAUUCAAGUUUAUAGGCGAUCUUCCUGAGAAGGAUCUGGUGCCUAACCCUGUUGAACACCCAAAGACUGUAGCUGAGUGCGAAUUUAUAAUGAUGUGCGGCCUGCCAGCGUGCGGGAAGACGUACUGGAUAGAGAAGCACAUGGAGAGACACCCGAAAAAGGCGUACGUAUUAUUGGGAACGAAUGCAGUUAUUGAUCAAAUGAAAGUAAUGGGGCUAAAAAGACAGGCUAAUUAUGCAAAUCGAUGGGAGGAACUUAUGUCAACAGCCACAGAAGUAUUUAAUAGCCUCGUAGCAUAUGCAGGCACAGGAGAUGUCCCAAGAAAUGUCAUCAUUGAUCAAACAAAUGUAUUCAAACGCGCAAGAGCGAGAAAAGUGCAGCCAUUCCUCGGCUGGGGUGUGCGUCGGUGCGUCGUGAUGGUGACGGACGAACACACGCUGCAACAGCGCACGCAAAAGAGAGAACGGGAAGAAGGGAAGAUGGUGCCGGUAUCGGCAGUAAUGGAUAUGAAGGCGGCAUUCGCACUUCCUUCUUUUGACGAUGGGUUUACUGUUAUUGACUACGUAGAAAUGCCAGAAGCGGAAAGUCGCCGAGAAAUAAGAAGAAUAAAUGACGAGGGAAGAGCCUUUAAGGCUAACAACCCAGGAAUGAACAACCGACAACCCAAGCCUCACAUUGAAGCACGGGGCGGGUACGGCGACAUGGACGCGUCAGCAGCGAAAAGGCAUAAAGGAGAGAACUGGCAUGGGGGCCCCCAGGGCGCCUCUUAUCCUUCUUGGUCUUCUGGAGGCCCCCAAGGGGGACAACCAGGGGGUAGAGGUACCUGGGGAGCUCACGGCCAACAGCAGCAGCAGUGGGGCGGGGGGGGCCACCAAGGAGGCUGGAACGAGCAGCAGCGGAACAGCAGCAACGGGGGCCAAGGGUAUUAUUCAGGUGGGCAUGGGGGUUACGGUUAUGGAGGUCAGCAGGGUUACGACUCCCACUACCAGCAACAUCAACAGCAGCAGCAGCAGUACUACGGCCAGCAGCAAGCGUAUGACAGCAACUACUAUGCGCAGCAGCGGCAGCAGCACGGAAUGUAUGAUUCAAACCGUCAAUAUGGAGGAAGCGAGCAGCAGCAGCGGUGGCAGGAGGCGUACUCGAGCGGCAGAGGCUGGCAGGGCCCUCCCCAGCAUGGGGGAGGUCCACGGGGUGGCUAUUACCAGCAGGGCCGUUACUGA